GUUAGAUGCAGGUAUUUCAGCCAGCACAGAGACCUGAGGUGUGGAAAAAAAGGUAAAACUAGAGUCCAAGAGUGAAGAAACUUUUCACUGAGAGAAACGGUGAAAAGGCUUUUUUCAGAGGAAGACUUGAAGAAUGGGCACAAUGAAGAGGCUGGUGGUUUUUGUCCUGCUAAGCAUAUGUCUAAAGGUAAAGUAGCAAAAUAUUUCUCUUUGACAAAUAACUAAUUAUAAUUUAUGGAAAAAACAUGGUUUUGGGGAAUGAGGAAGGGAAAAUGCAAUGGAUAAAUGAUCUCAAAGGUAGUUGUCAGAAGUAACUUUAUCUAAUUUUAAAUCUUUUUUUCCUCAAAUUUCCAGGCUGCUGACUCAUCAGGUACUGUACUUUCUCUUUUUUUCACAUUGUCUUUAUAUCUAUAUUUUUAUAGAUUUCAUGCAUGGGAAUAAAUACUUAAAUUAUUAUACAUGUCUUUCACCAGGCAUCGAGGUAAGCAUCUUCUCAGGAACAGAAAGAUCCACGCUCCUCAGAUGGACCCGAUACCCUGGAGCCAGCUCAUACCAGAUCAUUGUAACCCUUAGAGGCUCUCCAGGCAGCCCCAUCGCUUUUGCCAGCUUUGGUCCAAACACAGUAUUGGGCUCCGUCAACUCUCUGUCCCCGAACACCCAGUACACGUUCACAGUUAAUGCUCUGGAUGACUCUCUAAAUACAUUGAGUUCUGCAGCCUUGGACUCAUCUACAAGUAAGAUGGAGUUUUUCUUUUGUCUGUCACUUACUGAUGAAGUGAAAAACAAUAAAUAUGUGUUAAAUAUGAUAACUAAUAAUUUUGAGCAUGUUACAAGAAUUUCUGAUUUAGCGUGUCUUUUCUUAAAGUUGAUAUGUUUUACCUUUCUUGGGAUUUAGAGUGAAUCCAAAUGAUCAAAAUCUUCCUUUUCUUAAUGCAGAUUUUUUUUUAUUAAGUGCAUUUUUCCUGGUUGCAAACUCUGAUCAUAACUGAGUGAAAUCGUUUUAGCCCCUGAGAUGAUGGAUCCCAUCCACACCGUGAAGGAAAAGGACAGCGAGACCUUGAUCGCAGAGUUCACCUCGGUGAGCGGGGCGAAUUAUUACAUCAUUCGAGUCCAGAACAACAAUGGCGUCUUCAGAGAAGACACAGUGUCCUCGUCCCCAGCAGUGAUCGACAACCUCACACCGUACACAGAGUACUCGCUCAGCGUCAUUGCUGUGAAUGAAGGAGGCCGCAACCAGCCGUCUGCUCCUGUGACUGCAAAGACAAGUACUAUCCUUUUAAUAUCAAUUUUUACUGUUUUCUACUUAUACAGCUGGUGAAUGGAAAAAUAUGCGAAAAUCAGCAUCUGAACUCUGGUUUAUAUACCAAAAGGGGUCAUAUAUGCAAUCAGAAACACCGAGUUCUUUUCUCAUCCAUCCUUAUGCCCUGCAGAAGUCACUUGAUCCUCCUCAUUGUCCCUGUUACAUACAGACUAUGUGUGACUAAAUGUACGCACAUAUUACUGUCAGUAAAACCCAGUAUGAGUAUUUGUGUGUUUGUCAUAUAGAUGCACAAGCGACCCUUCAGGGCCCCUCCUGUAUAGAUGGUAAUUGUACCUGACCCCUCUAUGUCAAACACAAUGAGCUGACCUCUUCCUGAAAACAGCCCUGUUCCGUCUUACCUUCACUCCCACCCAGAGGGGAAAAUCUGAUCCACAUGAGCCAAAAACAACACGUGAGACAAUAGUAUCCAGCUCCUGACUUUGUUUUAGUUUACAAGAGUAGACUAACUAAUAGGUUAUAUUCAAAUUGACAGUAAUGCUGUUGAGUUUAUUCCUCCAUCCUUGCACUUUUAGGUAAAAUACAAAACACAACAAAAUAGCCCAGGAUGCAAAAAUCGGACUUCCACGUCUUAAAUUAACAUACCUGAGGAAUAUUUAACUUAAAAAAAAGAAAACUGGGAUUUACACAUAUUAAGCCUCUGAAUUUUUUAUUUUUACAGCCAAAGCUGUAAGUCAGAUUUAGACACGACUACCAAUACCUGUGAUAAACUCGACCUGUGACUUGAGACUCUUUAGACUUAAGAUACAAAAAUGAGGACUUCCUGAUACAUUAUAAAACUUUAUUUACUGGUAACCUGACUCACGAAAGAUUUUAAUCCUGAUACUGACCCUAUAAAAAGCCACAAUCAAAUAAAAAAGAAAAAACAGGUCAGAUACGGACGUUUACUUCAUCCACGGGGAUCAGAGCUCAAAAAUUUGAAAAGGCAGCUCCUCUCAAAUUCCAGGUUAAGGAGGACAAAACACUAACAUUUCACUAGUUUAUUAAUCUCACAUCACAAAAAAACAAAAACCUCAGUGUUUCAGCACAAAGCUGUCCUCAGAGGGUCAGUUUCUUUGUAUUAGUUAUCACACUUCCUCAAGAAAAGACACUUUCACACUCCAGGAACUAGAAAGCUUUUCAGGUACAGGAUUCCUGUAAACCAACAAAACUGGGCAGGCACAUACAGAACUUUUCAUGUCUUUGAAUGGUAGUUCUUGGGACUAAAAGAUCUGGGACUUUCAGGUAGAAAUGCUGGUAAGUGCCAAUACGUUCCAACUGCUACUCAUGAUCCUCCUCGAACUGAGGGAGACUCAUCCCCAAUCCCCCUUGUCAGUACAGCCCACCUAUCCAGCAUCAAACGAAGCUUAACUUCUCGCUAUAAAUCAAUUUUUACUAUCAUAUUCUCAAGACUAAAACUCAAUCCCUGUCAAACUUUCUCCUCCUCUACAGUUUUGCCUCCUCCUGUGCUGUCCGCCUCCUCUCCCAGCAACGACAGCAUCACCGUGUCCUGGCCCCCCAUCGCUCACGCUGUCCAGUACUCUCUGACCGUCUACAAGCUUGGCUCUAGCAGCAACAUGAAGUACAACACCUCCAACACCAAUCUGACUGUCUCUGGCCUGGAUGCUGGCUCAAUUUACUACAUUAAAGGUUUUGCCUGGGACAUGGAGGGCCGCCAGGGAGAGAAGAGUCUGUACAUCAACCAGACAACACGUAAGGAGAGAUAUUAUACUUCACACUUAGGAUUCGGCGUAGUAGCUUACUAUAUAUUCACCACUGUAUCUGCCUAUGUCUGUGUGCGUUUUGAUGUGUACUAAUACUUUCUGCAUAACAGGCCCACCAACCCCAUCCUCUGUAAACUUCACCAUGGUAAUGACCAACGGCGUGGCUGGAAUCUUUGUGUCCUGGGAACUGGAUCAAGAGGUUCACGGACCAAUCGAGUACCUUGUGAUGAGUGACCAGAACCUUACAUGUAACGCCACAAUCGGCCCCUGCAUCCUGUCAAGAGUGGGCUGUGGAGAGGUGCACAGAAUUGAGGUCACUUCUUGGAACAGCGCAGGGCCCGGGUCUCCAACAAACCCCGCCACGUUCAUCACCUGUGAGUAGAAAGAAAGGAGUUUCUAUGCAAACUAACCCCUACUUAACAAAGUAGAUUAGUUAAUAUAAGAAUAAAAGUAGACAGGAAAGAAAAAUACCUGCAAAGUGUUUGGCGGUCUGAUAGGUAAAACUCUUUAUGGUCCUGCUCUGUUAGACCCCUGCCCUCCAGACUCUCUGACCCUGGAGGAGUCACCAGACGAAAACUGCACACUGUCAUGGGACACUGUUGCUUACGCUGACAGCUACCAGGCCUUUAUCAAGAGAGGGGACGGUGGAGAGGAGACCUGCAACACCACCACCAACAACAACUGCACCUUCCACUGCCAGUGCGGCUACACCUACCUGAUGUUUGUGCUUGCUUUCAACCACGCAGGAAGCAGUCCUCAAGGAGAGGUUCUCAACUACACCACCUGUAAGUCACACCUGAGGAGACUUUCAAACAGACUUGUUGUUUCAGUCAUGUAUGCUCAUGUGUGUUUUUUUCUCAGUGCCCUGUUGUCCAGAGGGUGUGUCUGUCUCAGUGGUGAGCGCCGACACUUUGGAGAUCAUGUGGGAAGCCUCACGGGGGGCUGAGCUGUACGAGACCUGGGCUGCAGACAGUUCAGAGGUCAUCCGGUGCAAUGACACAGCACCUGUGUGCGCCCUCUCUGACCUCAGCUGCGAUAGCUCCUAUAGUGUGAGGGUGACACCCUGCAAUGAAAUCAGCGGGUGUAACCGUGCAUGCAAGGCUCACACCAAAGACACAGGUGAAAAACUUUUACACCAUACAUCAGUAGUACCCAAGUUUGAUACAAAAGAGGUUUAAGAAACUUGUUUGUUUGUAUUCAGUUACUUUAAAUUCUGAUCUGUAGCUCUACUGUAGUCACAGAAAUACUCAUUAAACUCAGUUUCCUUUUCUUUGUCCAUCAGCUCCCUGCACGCCGACAAAUCUGAUGCUCAAUCGUCUAAACUCGUCCACUGUCGGUGUGAGCUGGACAGCAAACAACAGAGCAGCUAACUACACAGUGAGUGCAGUGGGAGAUGGAGACAUACUCACCUGCACCACCAGCGGAAACAGCUGUGACAUCACUGGCCUUAAUUGUGGCUCCACCUAUGAAAUCGGUGUCAUAGCAACCAGCGCUGAUGGGCAGAGUCUGCCAAGCUUUACUGAGAUUUUGGAAACAGGUGAGAUAUCCAUGGUUAUCUCCUAAAAGUGUGGAAGUAGCUCCAUGAAUCAGUUAGUGUUUGUAACACUGAUCUACUGAACACACCUGUGACUCAAACAUCCACAUAUUCUGUGUUUGUUCCACAGAGCCCUGCUGCCCGCUCAGCCUCACAGUGGAUCAGGUGACUCAGGCUAUGACCAACGUCACCUGGUCUCACGCCAAAGGGGCGCAUUCAUUCAUCGUUUCUCUAACAUCACCGCGAGGUCACGCCCGCUGCCACACCAAAGACUCCCACUGCCUCAUGGGAUGCAUCACCUGUGGCACCAACUACACUGUCACCAUGGAGGCAUACAGUCACAGCGGGCGCUUGUCCAACUGCACCCAUCAUGGCUUCUCAUCCAGUAAGUGAUGUGCUUUCAUGAUGGGUAAAACUUUGAUAUAUACUUGUCACAAUUAAAAAUUAAAGGACAUGAACAUUUUUUUAAUCAGACAUCAUGAGUUUGCAUCUUGAAAUUUUUUAAAUCCUUUAUAGUCCGCCUAAGAUCAAGAGGAGUUAAAUGGAUGUUACAGGGUUCGAAUGAUGAAUGAUAUGUAUUGAAAGUCCUUCUGCCUCUUAGUGCUUUUCUUGAGAUGAGAGUCUCUGAGGGUAGUAUUUUUAUCAUAAACCAGAAAAGAAAAGUGGCUCCCCCUUGUGGCACUAUUCGGUUCUGCAGAAGUAUAGUAUAACUGGUCUCUGGCUGUUACAUCAAGUAGCUUUAAAAAUGUCAAGAAGGCAGAUUAGAUACUAUCUUUUUACUUAUUUGUGUUUUUUUAUUCCUCUCAAAAUCAGUUUCUGUCGGUAUGGAUUAUAACUCUCAAGUUUUUAUUUACUGAAUGUUUCCCUUGACAAAUGAUAAACCAAAUCAGUAAACCAGAAUCAGCGCAGACUCCCUGAUAUUACAGCUGUCCAGCGCAGUAAGGAAACAACAAGAAAGUGUGUUGGUAGAGGGUGGAUGGGGCACUUACGGGAAAUGAUUUUAAGAGGCCUAUCUGAAAGAUGAGCUGUUGAAGCAGGAAAAGUGACCACUUUUAUGUUUUUAACCAAUAAUUAUAACUAAACAUAAAAAUUCACAUAGCAGCAGAUUAAAACCAAACAGAAAACUGUGAAACAAUGCAUAUUUAGAGAGUCAUUCCAUCACAAGGGACAUCAAGUAUGUUCAGUGCAAAAUGGCAACACUGCUUGGUUGCAUUACUGUAGUCUGUCCAGAUGAGGGCGGUAGAUACCCAUGACUAAUACAAGGGAUGUUCAGCUACUGUUAGAUAUCUUGGUAGUUUUGGUUAUUUACAAGGGAUUUUGACUUUGACUAUAUAAGUAGGAAAACAAAACGAAUAAACCAUACAAAAAGUAGCUUUAUUGUAAAAAAUAUAUUAGUUAAUUAAUUGUCUAGUUUUUCUUACAGAUAGAUAGAUAGAUAGAUAGAUAGAUAGAUAGAUAGAUAGAUAGAUAGAUAGAUAGAUAGAUUGGUAGGUUGGUAGGUAGGUAGGUACUUUAUUAAUCCCAGAGGGAAAUUUAUAGUUAAUGAUAUCAAAUUUUCCUUAACAUUCAGAGGUCUAAGAGACAAUAAAGCCUCAUCAUCCACCCCCUCUGUCUGUCUGUCUUUCUCUCUUACAGGUGCGUGCUGUCCGUCAGGUGUCAAGCUCUACAGGAUGGCUGGUAACUCUUUGCGGGUGCUCUGGCGCAGCGCUGGCAGUAGCCACAGUUACGUCACAGAGAUGCUUGGCUCGGCCAACAACUACACCUGCACGGCAUCCCCCGGCGAGAGCAGCUGUGAUGUCAGCAACAUCACAUGUGGAGGGGUUUAUAAAGUGGUGGUGGCUCCACUCACAGCAGAUGGCAGCAAAGUCCAGUUCUGCCCCCAGAGAUACUACUCAGGUACGACAUGGGAUCAAAUUCAGGGAAGAAGUUAGCGCCAUGAUUCUGAUGUUUCAAAAGUUUCAUGAUUUUAUUCUCAUACAGUUUCCAGAGCUAAUGAUAUUUGUGUCUGUCAUUUAGUGCAUUGUGUUAUGGAAUUUUUUAUAGUAUUUAGGAUUAGAUUACAGCAUAAGAGAUGGAUAACAACAUUUCGGUUUAACUUCACUUUGUUUCCUCUCUCACAGUUUCUUGUACAGGGAACAAUAUUGGCACAGGUGAGUACAUGACCAUGUUGAAAUCACCAAUAUUUUUACCACAGUUGGAAAAAAAACACCUGUUUCAUUCAUCAUUAAUUUUUAAUUUUACUUGAUCCUCUUAUUUUGCAGUAAUUUACAGAGGAAAGAGAAGUGUGGACUAGCAUAUUGUAAGUAAAUACACUACACCUGACCUUUGCAUGAUCUUAGAGAUGUAUGAUUAUCAGCAUAGUUAGAGAGAAAAUCUAUUGAGUUAUCUGAAACAGCUCUUUCUUUAAGCUUUUGUAAUGGCCUUUAGACUUACCUUGGGUUGUUGCAAAUUUGAGUUUGUUGACAACAAUAUUUAUAUAUCUCUCUGCUGGCUAUUGAAUAAUUACUUGGUUAAUAAUUAUUAAAAUAAAUAUUUUGGUUUAAAAAAAAAUACUCAAAAUUCAAAGGGACUGAAAUUUUUUUCUUUUUUGCAGCUUCUUCUCCUCUGAUGCUACAGACAUCGCCAUCUUCACAUCCUCAUCGAAUUUCUACAACAACCCUGCCCUACAGCCAUACAGCCACACCUGAACCUAACAGAAGACCCUUAACCCUUUAAUGCCUUUUGUAUCAUAUUUGAUACAUACUUUUAUAUACUUCUAUCAAAUCAAUAUGAUCAACAAAUAAAAAAAA